AAAGGUCGCUUACCCUCAAGGUCGACCUUAGAAAAAAUGAUCUAGGAGGGCAAAAUCAUGUGUCUGGUUAACCUGUAUUGUUGUACCCACCAUCGGUCAAACAGACGCUAGCGAUUGCCACAAAGAGGUCAUUACAGCUAGACCAAAGAGUGAAUUAAUUUCCACGACUCGAUAGAAAUGUCGAAGGCUAAAAAAGAAGAAAAGGAUGACAAGGAAGUGGAGAAACCUGUGGUUGCUAAGACAAUUGUUGAUGUGCAGAGGUUAAAGCUGAUGAAGCUUAUGAAAAAUCCGGAUAAGCCAGUGUUGCUUCCGGAACGACCAAAGUCCAAGACGACUCCCGCAGUUCCUGAAUUUGUGAGGAAUGUUAUGGGCAGCAGUGCUGGUGCAGGAAGUGGCGAGUUUCAUGUCUACAGGCAUCUCAGGAGAAAGGAAUAUGCUAGACAAAAGUUCAUACAGGAAAAGAGUAAAAAGGAACUCCUUGAUGAAGAAUACCACCAAAAACUUGAGGACAACAAAAAGAAAGCUGAUGAAUUGACAGCAAAAAAGAGAGCAAAACGAUUAAAGAAAAAACAGAAGCAGCAAAAGAGACAGAAAAUUACAAAAACCAAGGAUGAAAAUGAUGGAAGUGAGAUUGUCAAUGAUGAAGAAGAUGAUAGUGACGAUGAGAAAGAAUCUGGAGAUGCCGAAAGUUCACAAAAAAAUCAAGAGUGUGAAAAUAGUUAAAAUGCUUUACAAAAAAUUGAAAAUUCAGGGAAAUCCACAAAUCGUCACUAAAUCAUGAAAUUUCCACACACAAAUCAUAGAAAAGUCCUGGAGAAAACGAUUCAAAUGAUGCAGAACCAUCAAAUUAACAUUUCCCCAGACUUAUUUAUAUAUUGUAAAUAAACCGUAUCAAUAAUUUUAUACUAAUUAAAUUAAAAUAAUCAUAUUAUUCGUCAA